UGACAUAACACAUUGUGAAUGCAAUGACCUUUAUUUUGUUCCGUUACAAGAUUGUUGCUGCCAUUCUGGCCAUCGCUGGAAUCGUGAUGCUGACCUACGCUGAUGGCUUUCACAGUCACUCUGUUAUCGGCAUAACGCUUGUAGUGGCCUCUGCAUCUGCCUCUGCCCUCUAUAAGGUGCUUUUCAAGCUCGUCUUGGGCAGCGCCAAGUUUGGAGAGGCGGCUCUGUUUCUGACCAUUGUAGGUGGUGCAAACUUUGUCUUUAUGAGCUUUGUGCCAGUCAUACUGUACUUCACACAUGUUGAGUACUUCACAUCCAUA